AUCUUGUUAUAAAAUUGAAUUUAAGAUGUCUUGGAUGCUUCAAAGUAAAGACUCAACCGUUUAUUUGCGGUUGAGUCAAAGAAAAUAUUUAACUGGUGCUCCAAUUUCCUUGCGAUCAUUGGGGAAAAAAUUCAUCGAGUGUCCUCCUGCAUCAGGAAAAGGAGGCUGGGAGGUAUUGGAAUGCCUUCAUAGCUUAAAUGCUUCCUUUUGGGAAAUAUAUGACAGCGCAGUAUGCUUGGACAAACUGCACAAAAUUUAUGAGCUCAUUGUCGAAGACAGAAACGCAAGAGAUCUAGAUGAAAGUAUGAAAAACAGUCCAAAUGUCGAAAACCUUGUGUCUUUUGGUGGGGUUCAAGUAUUGCAAAAUCUUGUUCUGGAGCUUCCUUUCAAUUUCGAAUCCACUGGCAAAACAGAAGUGCAAAAGAAGAAAGAAUUGGAAACGUACGACAAAGUGCGUUUUCUCGCAAUCCAAUUACUGCAUACACUGUCUACCUCAAGUCCCCUUAGAAACGAUAUUCUCUCAAAGCUUUCGAGUAAUCUGGAUCUAAUUCGAAAACUGUUGGACUAUCUGGCUAACCGGCUGCUAGGCUACGUGUCUAUGCUUCUGCUGGAAGACCUCAUGGUGCACAGAGAGGAGCCCCUGGAACUGAGAGCUCUGGACAUCGACCGACUCCUGACGAGUCUGAGUCUGGACCAGAUGAGUAACCUGUGCCGGGUGCUGUCUUAUACUGUAGUUGAUAUGGGCAGUGAGCCUGAGGAGCUGCUCUGUGCAAUUGACAGGACAAAGCGCAAAGCAACGCGGAACAGUGAAGCUUGUGAAAAGAACAUCUUGUACCUGGCGUCUCUGCCUCGCCUGCUUGUGAGUGUGGUUGAGAUAGUAGUGAGGAAGUUCGAGCCCAGCAACAAACUGUUCAUGGAGUACCUGGGAGUGGCCAUCGACAUCCUAGAGGAAAACUCCUCCCCCGCCACCUCCCUCAUCGCCUCAAUCCGAAUGACAUAUAUGGCUAAUCACGACAGCACAGGACAGUUUCCGCCUCUGAACAACAACACGGAACAGCUGAUCAGUGCUAUGAACAGAAUAGAAGUGAACAAAGACCUCACCAUGCGAAUAGAGGGAUGCAUCCUCCUAACUGGACUUCUCUACGGCAGUGGACGCAGUAGCACGGUGGAUAAACUGACUCAGUACAGACUGAUCCCGAGGAUAAACGAUUUGUUCAAUUUCUUCUUUGCAAUCGACCCAGACACAGGGACCCUCACGACAGAGCAAUAUGGAUUCAUAGAAGGAGAGAGUCUGAUACAGAGUCUUCGCAUUCAGAUUCUUCGCGUCAUCCACAGCAUGUGUGAUCAGACAGUGAAUAACUGUGCCUUACUGACAGAAAAAGAGUUCCAGAAGCUAGAACAUACCAGAGAUCCACACGGAGUGCUGGCCCCGGUAGAGUUGACGAAGAAACCCCAUCAUAUGUGCAGAGGGUCAAACGGAGGAUUGCUGACUAAAUUGAACAACCUCGCGAAGGUUGAUCUUUCUCCAGUCUAUAGGUUCUGGUUGCAUCGUGCAAUUGAGAGCUUCCUGCGUGGCAAAGCUCUCUACCCCUACCAAGUGUUCAUGAGCGAAGCGGGACUCAUUGAGAAUACAGUGGACAGAAUCCUCUCACUGAGUGGAGCUGGUCUGCCUCAUAGGAACGGAAGUCCAGCAGGAGUUGGGGGAUUUGAAUCUAUGAUAAGCUCAACUAUGUCUAGUGUUACGACUGCCCCUGCAACAGAACCCACAGCGGCUGGAGCUACAACAGCGUCUACGACGACUAAUACUUCGACUGCAGAUUCAACGUCGUCGUCUGCAGAAUCGUCAGCAAAUACACAUUCACAAGUGGGUCACAGCUAUGAGGACAUCAUCCAGUGCAGCUUCGACCUGCUGGCCCAGAUGGUCAAGUUCAACGUCUCCUCUCUUCAGCUUCUCUCUAAGAGGCUCGUCAUGGCGACUUCAGCUCCUGGAACUACUGAAAGCCAGAGAGCAUACCCCGAACCCAUGGACACUUCAGGUCACUCGCAACCUGUAUCCUCUUCACGGUCAUCCUCGUCUAGUUCAACCUGGUCUGCAGUUGGAAGAGACUUCUGGGGUAGAGUCCGAGCAGCAGAACAGAAUCAAUCGAGUCAGUCUUCCUCACAGACCAAUCAACGAAAUUCUAGGUCAAAUCAAGCACCCAGUGCCAGAUGGGGAGGCGGUUCAGACAACGAUUCGAUGUGGCCAUGGAACAUGGCCUCUGCGAUAAUGGACACCUCUGGAGAAACCAGCAGUGGUAGUAGCACUAAUGUGUCCACAAGGAGUAGCUAUGUGAGUGAUGGUCAAACGGGUUCAAGGUCAUCUACGAUGUCAAGAGUGACUGCAGGAACUUCAGUAGUGGAGGUGGAGUCUAGGCUGCAGAAUUUUGUCAACAUCAUCUUUGAUAACAUCAUUGAUAGCAACAUGUUUGUCAGGUGCAUCAUUCUGACGAUUGACAAGCUGGAGUGUAUGCCUGGAGGGAGUGAGAGCAGUGCAAUGCGGGAUACGAGUGACAAUGUAUUAGUGCGCAGGUUCUCCCACUUCCAGACACGCGUGAAGUACAUCUGCCGAAUUCUCAGGUGUAUUAACGUGGAUACCCUGACACAGGACAAUGUGUCGUGUCUGAAUACAGCCCUGGUGAUUCUCCUCUUUGCCAAAGACAGAGGUCAACUGCCGCUGUAUCUGGAGGCGCUGCAGGAAGUGGAGAUGAGCAGUCCGAGGGAUUGUCAGCUGACGUUCUACUUUGAAAAUAUGAUGCAGCUGUGCAAGUUCUGGAAGAGGCAUUACCAACCCAACGGACAAGACGUCAAAUGUCUGGUGGAGGGAUCCGGGAUUGAGUUCAGUCGCUGGCUCGGCUGUGUAGACACCCUUUCCUCCACAGACCCCAAUUGCAAUACAUCUCUCUCAUUCUACUCACCCAAACUCCUCAUUCGACAGGAGUCGCUGAACAGUUUGUGAUUACGUAACCAACGUGAGAGAUUGCGUCAUAAUUGUAGCAUAAGCGUUACGGCAUUCUAGCGACAUGCUGAAGUCAUACGGAUACUAUUCCGACACAAAACUCUUUUGAAACUCACGUCGGCUGAAGAAGAAACAAAAAGAAGCAACGAAACACCUUUCGAGAUUGUUUCUUAGUUAGCCUUUCUUUCGCUUAAACUGCAAGCUAAAACUCACUUGAGGAUGAAAAACCACUAAUAAUUUGGUGAAAAACUUUAACUUAAAUUUGACUGCAGGUGCUUCAGUUGAUCAAGAGUAAUUUAGUUAGAUUAAUUUAGACGCAUAUCAGUGUGCUGGUUUUUAGUUUUCUGGUUGGUAUAAAAGCAAAGUCGUUUAGUAAUGA